CCUAAACUAUACAGGUCUGUUAUCGAAGAUGUGAUUGAAGGUGUGCGGGAACUCUUUGCAGAAGAAGGUUUAGAGGAACAGGUUCUGAAAAACUUGAAGCAGCUUUGGGAAACCAAGGUGAUGCAGUCUAAAGCAACAGAAGGCUUCUUCAGACAUAGCCAGGAUCCUCCACAGUUUGCCCUGCAGUUGCCACAGAAUUUUCACCACAUUCUGCAGGCUUCAGCAGCUUCUUUAGUCAUCCCACCUGGCAGAGGUUUUCAGCAUUUCCCAGCAGGAGACAUGGGUACUUCACAAGAGGGUGCAGCUCUGACUCUCCCUUCGGGUAUUGCUUAUCCUAUACGUGUGCCAGCUGGAGUGACGCUGCAGACAACAUCUGGGCACCUUUAUAAGGUGAACAUGCCUGUUAUGGUUGCACAGGCCUCAGGAGAUGCAAGUAUUCUCCAUCAUCCUGUUCAGCAGAUAUUUCAUCCCCUUGGGCACCCUUCAGUUCUGCAAGCCAACGUUGCCAGUGCUGCACAGGUGAAUGCACCUUCUGCCCAGGCAGCUGCUGGAACAUUGCCACACCAGGGGACUGCUGUCCAACAGACGGUGGUAUUUCAAGCAAAUGUCAUGGAAAAAACCCACCUGGAGAGCUCUGUCAGUACUACAUUGGUCCAGCAGCCUUCUGUGAGUCAGCAGCAGCAGCUUGUGACUAACAUGGUGUUGAAUCAGCGUGUGGACUCCACAGAAAAAUCCCAGCCUGGCAGUCUUCACACAGCUGUGUUUACUCCAGAAUCCUUGGAAGGGUUUUCUCCUGUUGAAUCCUUGGCAAACAACUCGAGCAGCCUGCUGCUGGAUGUGGAGGGGCAGUUAGACAUUGAGCCUCAGGAAUUGGUGCAUCAGCAGGUGUCUGAUGAUAUCAUUGAGAUGAUUAUUGGAGGCGAAGAUUUGGAUGCUAACGCUGUACUGAAAUAUGAGGACAGCGUUGUUUCCUCUGACAAGAUGGAACCUACCGAGCAAAUGGAGUCUAAUUUAGGAUCAGAGGAGGUUACGUGCAGUGACAUUGAAGGCAUAAUUCAACUAGAUGGUACUGGUGACAUUUCUCCCAAGGAAGAAAUGCUAUGUACAAAAGAUAGGGAAGAGAAUGAAUUCAUUGGUAUUAUUGAAUCGGAGGAUCUAAAAGUUCUGGAGGAUGAGGAAGAUGAUGAUGAAGAAUGUGACAGUAUUUCAAACACGGAGUCUAGUGGCACUGGUUGUGAUAAUGAAGAGCCCCAAAUAGAUGUAGUUGAAGAGGACCCCUUAAAUUCUGGUGAUGAUGUCAGUGACCAGGACACUCCAGAUUUGUUUGACACUGAUAAUGUGAUAGUUUGUCAGUAUGACAAGAUACAUCGAAGCAAGAACAAAUGGAAGUUCUUCUUAAAAGAUGGAGUGAUGUCCUUUGAGGGUAAAGACCAUGUUUUUGCAAAAGCCGUUGGAGAUGCAGAGUGGUGA